ACUCUUUCAAAAACUUCUGUACCAUUGCGUUAAGUCCGUUCGUUGUUUUACGCGCAUUGAAAAAUACAUUAUUGUAUCGGUAUCAAUAUCGGUAUGCAAAUAUCAAUAUAGUAAAAUAAACGAACACCACGUUAAAUACAAGAAUAUUCUGUUACAUACUAAUAGAAAAUAACAUGUUACGAUAUGCAAUGCUAAAGCGCUUGACCUAUGCUUGUCCUAAUAUAAUUUCGUCGAUUUUCUUUACCUUUUGUUUCGUCGAUUUUCUUUAGCUUUCGUUUCGUCGAGUUAAUCGAUUUGCUUAUCUAUAACUAUGCUACAAGGAAGCCCGUGUAACGCAAUGUUUUCGGAACUUAAUUCACAAACAACUCGUCAGUGCUGAAUUUCGACAUCGAAGAAAGUCCUUCAAAAGGGAGGUGCUCGAUCCAUCGUUGGAUUCUGUUUUGUUCUUCGUGUACAAGCGUCGAAGGCAAAGCGGGGGCAAUGUCAAGGUGCUAUAAGGCUUGGCGCAUCCCUGACCGUCGGUCAUUCCACGCGGAGAAAUUCGAUCGACACGGAGAAGGUUCGGGGAACGUCGACAUACAGGAGCCAACGAUCUGAAACCGAAGACAACGAUGAAGAGCAUCUUGUUGGUGUGCGCGUGUUCGUUGCUGAUCGGCGUACAGGCCAUCGGUAGAUACAGAGGAUUAGAGUUUUUAGAACCUUGCUCCAGCAGGGACUACAAUAUCGAGAGUUGCCUCGCUAGGUCAGCCAAUGCUCUCACCGAACACUUCCGGCAUGGUUUACCGCAAUUGGGCUAUCCAGAGGUGGAACCCAUUAUCCUUGACGAACUCCAUAUCGCACUUGGUGGGGGACCGGAUGGCUACAGGGCUCAGUUUAAGAACAUUACAGCAAGAGGAGUUUCUACGUUACGAGUGACUGGUUUGAGGGCCAGAUUAUCGGAAGACGAGGUGCAGCUGCAAUUAGCCCUCAGCAUUCCGAAAAUCAGAGCUGCUGCCAAGUACAGGUCUAGCGGUACCUUGCUGUUGGUGAAAGCCAGCGGUGCUGGUGACUAUUGGGGUGAAUAUGAAGGUGUAAAGGCAAAAGUAUUCAUCCGGGCGAAGCCAUUCGCUGCUCAAGGUCGCAAUUAUUUAAGGUUGCAGCAACUUAAAAUGGACUUUAGCGUGCAGAAUAUUAAGAUGGGCGUCGAAAAUGUUCGUGACAGCAACGCCAUUAUUCUGGCAGCAUUAAAUCUCUUCAUUAAUACCAACAGCCAAGAAUUGUUAAAAGAGAUGAAACCUGAUCUAAGGAGGAAAUUAGUUCAGGUAAUGACAAGCUUCGUUGAGAGGAUCUUUGCUCAGGUACCGUACGAUGCGUGGAUCAUCGAUUGAAUCGAUUAAAAUUGCAUCAUAUCUGUCCGAUAGUCACUUAAGGAAAAAGGAUCACCAAAUAUCUUGCGACGCAUCGAUUAAAAAAUAAGAAGUUUAUGCAUACGAAAGAUACAACGACGAAAAUGUUAUCUUUAUGUUCUUUUCUUUUUUAGAAGAUUUUUUUGUCCACUAGGAAACAGAUGAAAUGGGCAGCAAAAUUGAGUUUUAUAAAUAUUUAUUAAUUUGUAUAUAAUUUGUAUUUAAAUUUGUAUUUUGUUAAAAUCGACGACUGAGAAUCACAAUGUUGAAAGCCAGUCUAUUGCUAAUUUUCAUAAGAUAGUGUCCUGCAUUUAUUAUUAUAAAGCAGCUGUAUUGUGGUGUAAAACGUACCGUGGCUGAGAUUAAAGUUAUACAGUUAACUUUUACAGUUUUUUAUUAAACAUAAGAUUAAAUUAGUCGAGCUGCGAUAAUUUCGAAUCUUGAAGUAAUUCGAACUUAAGAUAUUUCAACCUGAGAAGCUUACUUUCGCAUUAUUUAUGUCACUUAUACGAAUGUAAAAUGUUGUAGACAUUAUGUAAGUGUAUGUAUGAUAGUUCUAAGGAAUGGAUGAUUUGCAAUAACAAUUUAAAUGCCAUCGAAUUGGACUAAUCACGUUAUGUUAUGUAUUCGCGUGUUCAUCGAUUGCAUUGUUACGAUUAUUUAUGACUAACUGAAGAAUGAGAAUGACGGAAGCUGAAUUAUCGUUUAAUAUUCUUAUCGUGCCAGUAAAUUGGCAUUCGUAACGAUCGCAGCUUUCUCCGUUUUCAUUUUUUAGUUUAUAACGUGUGCUUCAUACAAUAUAUUUUUGUAUACCUUGCUUCAUGUUAUACGUUUCGUGUUAUCAUUCGUUUUAUAUUCUCCCAUGUGUUUUAACUAUUUCGUUUCUACCGAAUUCUAUAAUGAGCUUUCAAAUCUAUUUUAGACUGAAAAACAGAUCGAACGACGUUAUUAAUACGAAGCUAAAAACAGUUUAUUUUCUGGUAUUUAAGAAUUAUGAUGCAAUGGUCGUUACAUAUGUAUGUAUGAUUGCAAAUAACACGUGUAAAAUGAAUCGAAAUUGCAAUCGCUAAUUACAUAUUAAAAUAGGAAUUUCCACGAAGGAAAAUACUAUGAUUUAUGAAUUAUUCACUAUACGUGUACACGUUUCGUAUUUAGAACGUAUACAAUCUUAAAAUCCUCUCAGUACGUCGACGAAUAGAAUAUUAGAGAGAAGAAGGCAGUUUGAAGAAAUAAUCGUUUGUAACAUUACGGCAAACUUACACAUUUAAUACGAGAAAGCAUCGUUCACUUUUGUCACAUACGUUUGUUAACGAAAUAAGCGAAAAGUCAUCAUUUUUCAAACUCAAACAGAUGAAUCCACAGCGUCUGCGAAAGGUAUUUGCGCGUCGUUGUAUUUAUUAUGAUAUUUACGUACUAAUUAAUUAUGUCCAGGUAUAUGGAAUUUCGUAUUAUUUGGUAAAACUUUCAUACGAGUGCAAAAAUGUAAUAUUACGAAAACGAAAUGUAAAACCCGAUGAAAAGUGCAUCAUUGAGAAGCAAAGGUGCGCGCAAUUAUUUUUCGUAGCUACUAUACAUACAAAAUUUAAUAGCCUUAAAUAUAGAAUCGGAAAAUGUUUUCCAAGUUAACGUUUUAAAUUCUAAAAUUGUAUAUAGUCGAUAUUUAACUCGUGCUAUUUCCAUUUACAUGAUAUUUCACGCAUUUGUAAUAUUUACAAUCCAUUUAACUAAGCUAAUUAUAUUGUAUUAACAAUUCAUGAUAUUUGAAUAGAAAUUUAAUGCAACACACGGUAAAAGAUAAAUGACAACUAUUACGCUGCUUGCUUCACUAAAUUUGAUAAUUUCUUCAAUGAAACGUCUCGUUACAAGCGAGUCUAUUUGUCAUCUUGCAAUUUAUCAAUUUCAAUGAACGAGUGUCGUGACUUUUAAUAGAGUUCGUGGAAACUGUACAAAAUAGAAGAAACGAGAAGAAUAAUUAAUGAUUUCGACGUUUGCGACGUUCCGAAGUUCCGGAGCCUUUCGUGAAGAUGAUUAUGCACGCCCGUCAUUGUUCCUCGGAUGGCAGACGAGGAAAAUUAAUGAAAUUAUCAAUAUGAUUGGUCACAUGAUCUAAUUAAUAUCGAAUCAUGCGCACGAAAUGACAAAAUAAACUUACAAUGCGAUCGGUUGAUCGUUUGAAGAUGACUUAAUUUCACUGUUUUUCCUUUCCACGUCUUCUCUUAUAAUAUGAAAUAUAAUAUUUGUACGUUGUACAAGGAUAGAAGAUAUUCUCUUCUUGUAAUAAAAACCGUAUCACUUUUGCAACGUAUCACGUCUGCAAAGAACGGAGAAAGGUGAAAAAUAAUAUUUGUUAAUUUUUAAUCGUGAAUGACAUUGUUCGUCGCUGAAACAACUCGUUACCUUCAGAUCAUUUUUUCGGUCUUGUCCAGAAGAAAAAUUAAACUUCCGAUUUUUUUAACUCGUUCCAAUGUAGUAAACAGAGAAAGUACCAAACCGGAUAUGAUUGUUAAUUACACGACAUAAAAUAUAUAUAAAAUAUACAUAGGUAUAUAUAUCGCACACAAGAAUUAUUCAGAUUAUAACAGAUAAGAUGCAGGAAAAUUUGUAUUCUUAAUCUAAGAUGUUGUAGUAUUCCUCGAUUAAUCAUAAAAUAAUUAUUUACAUGCAUAAAGGUACUAUACUUGUAAGAAUAUUUUCACGUGUAAAUUAAUACACACACAAAUACAUGUAAAUAAUAUUUCUGCCAACGUUUAUAAAAAAAGGUAAUCAAUAAUUCAUGUUUUUAAAGAAGCAGAUAAAGACACUGGUACUCCUUGAGUUUAUGCUUUUAUUGUGGUUUAACUCGAACAACACGAUUCGAAGGUGGCAAUUUUUAUAACGCAAUCCUACAAUUAACGAGAAAGUAUUCGUUUUCGGCAUUUGCUUUUGGAUAUGAUAAUGGAAAGAAACACGAAUGAAAUUAAACAGUAGGGAACACGAAACUUUUUUUCUCUCAAUAUCGACCAUUUAUUUCUUAUUUUUCAACAGUAAUUUUCUUUAUGAUCAUUUUAAUAUUUCCAUGACAUUUUGCCGAAAUUUUUU